AACAAGUCAGCCACCACACACCUUGUCAACAAUCCUCAAUCCUGUGCACCCAUAAUGUCCAAGUUUGGGUGUCUGGUAAUGGGGCCUGCGGGCGCGGGCAAGACGACAUUCUGCACCGCCCUGAUCCAACACCUUCAACACAGUCGACGGUCAUGUUUCUACGUCAACCUCGACCCCGCAGCCAGCGACUUUGCCUACACACCGGAUCUUGAUAUCCGCGACCUCAUUACCCUCGAAGAUGUCAUGGAGGAAAUGUCACUGGGACCGAACGGAGGCUUGAUCUACUGUUUUGAGUUCUUAUUACAAAACCUGGACUUUCUUGCUCAAGCCAUCGAUCCUCUAUCCGAAGAAUACCUCAUCUUGUUUGAUCUGCCUGGCCAGAUUGAACUAUACACACAUAUCCCACUAUUGCCCGAACUGGUUCGCUACCUGUCAAGAAUGGGACCUUUGAAUAUAAACCUAUGCGCGGCAUACUUGCUGGAAGCGACAUUUGUGGUCGACAAAGCCAAAUUCUUCGCUGGUACACUGUCCGCCAUGAGCGCCAUGAUCCUCAUCGAACUUCCCCACGUCAAUAUUCUCACUAAAAUGGAUCUGGUCAAGGGACAAGUUGGGAAGAAAGAGAUGAAGAGAUUUGUGGAUCCAGAUGCCAAUCUUUUGGAUGACGAGGAUACGGGUCGAGGCACGGCGGAACAUACCGUGGAUUUAAAGAGUCCAGGAGACGUGGACCAGGUCUUGUCAGGAGGUUCUUUCAAGCAGUUGAACCGUGCGGUGGCUAGACUGAUUGAUGAUUUCAGUAUGGUGUCCUUCCUGCAGUUGGAUGUCAAUGACGAAGAGAACGUGGGAGAUAUCUUGAGUUAUAUCGAUGAUGCCAUUCAAUACCACGAGGCGCAGGAGCCAAAGGAUCCGAAAGAACUCGAGAUGGAGGAACCUGCAUGGCAAGAUGGUUGAGCGGAGGUGUACCUGUUGUCCUAUCCUGUCCUGGUCUGUCAUGAUAUCCUUGAGCGAAGGCGUUGGCGGCGAAAUCAAGACUUCACGUGGCAUUAUAUUUUCAAACAAUCUGGGCAACUCCGAGACCUUGCGAUCCCAAGAUGAAAAUAGAAUUUGAUCUCUAAUUCAAUCGAAUCGAGAAACCCA